ACAAAAGUUUCGUCUACUCUUUAAAGAUUACGUGUACUAAAGCUACCGGCAACAUGGCACCCAAGGAAGGAGUACUUUCACAGUCUCAGGAAAAAGAGUGGUCAGCAGAUGAAAAGCCAGUCAAGAUAGACAAGUGGGAUGGUUCGGCAGUCAAAAAUGCCCUUGAUGACGCAGCAAAGAAGGUACUGACAGAUGGCUAUGGGUAUGUAGAGAGUUACAGACUGGUGGAUGGACGCCUAGGAAUCUGUACCGUUGCCGUGGCGUUUGCAGCCUUUGCCCUGCUAUGGGACUAUCUUCAUCCAUUCCCUCAGUCCAAACCUGUGCUCAUUGUCUGUGUGUGUUCAUAUUUUCUACUCAUGGGUGUUUUAACUGUGUAUACCACAUAUAAAGAGAAGGGGAUCUUCAUGGUGGCCUUAGACAAGGAUAAGGCUGGGGUGGACCCCGAUAAUGAGUGGACGCUGUCCUCCACACUGAAGAGAUACGAGAGUGACUACACACUACAGAUUAGCUAUUACGACGGACAAAGCCGGCAGAGUCGGUCACUAGAAACCACCCAUUGUGUGGCGGACUUCAUUGAUGAAAACGGCCAGAUUUGCAUGGAUCUCUUCGAGCCUGAAGUGAAGAAAAUGCAUGUCAGUUUGUCAUCAGAGAAGAAAUCAAAAUGACUAGCAAUUAAAAUUCUCUGAUGAUAAUUAUGGUUACAGCAUAAAUAAAGUAUAAUAUGUCUUUCUCGACAGUGCUCUCCAUUUAUUUUUUAUCUUGCAUUCUGGGGAUGGAAGUCGUUUUCGGUGGUUUUUAUGGGACGAGUAACAGUGAGAUAGUACUGGAGAUUAAAAAAAAACAUUGUUACUUAUUUAUUUAGCUAGUUUUUUUUUUUUUUUAAUCAGGUUUUGUAGGUUAGUUAAAUCUAAAUAUUUGAAUUUUUGGGUGUAGUUGUAGAAAACCUUUAGAGUUAGAUUUUUUUCAUCUAAUAAAUUUGAGCCUGAAUAUUUAUUUUUGUGCAGUUUCUUGAAUGUUUAGUAAAGCCUCUCCCAUGUAAAGCAGUUUGUUAAUUAUUUUUAUUUAUUUUAUUAUUAUUAUUAUUUUAUUUUUUAAUUAAUUAAUGUAUUCAUUUUUAUUUUAUUUAUUAUUAUUAUUUAUUUUUAUUUCCUAAAAGUUGAGAUAAGUCACCGCAUGCCUAUCUGAGGUUGGGAAGAUGGUGUUCCAUGCAAUGAAAUAGAGAGCAAUGAAAAGAGACAUUCUGUCAUAUGUCAAGUGGCAUAUGAUACUAAAUGUAUUGUCCAGUAUAUUUUGUAAUAUAAUAUACUCUUCGUCAAAGACGUGAGGGCUAUUGUGCAGGGUUGCAGCCGUCAGGAGUUACUAUAGACUCAUAAUUUAUCAAGAAGUGAAUAUAGGCAUCGCUUUCAGCUGCCCAUCAAUGAAUACAAACACUGAUAAUAACAAUAAAAGCCAUAUUACAACUA